GCCCGGUGUGGAGGAACCCUCGUGAAAUGGUUUGCUGUUUAUCGACUCAUAAAAAAUGGAAAAACUGUUCUCAAAAAAGAAAAGCAACCAGAAAACUUUGAUUCUCAAAAACUGCCACCAAUCUGCUGCAAUUGUAGCUUUACUAGCGAUAAAAAACGUAUGGUGAAAAGGUUCAUGGCCCCACCUGGCUAAGUGCCAGGAGUGGCGGGAUUCGGACGACCGGUACUAGCGGACAACGACGGACGGUGAGCGGGUUCGCGCUCCUGUAACGUGCGUGAAACGGGGGAUGCGAGUGUAAGAAGACGCGGAGUUUUUUCGAGGAAAAAGCAGGGCAUCGGCAAGCGACUGGACGAGUUUUUUUUCCGUGACUCAUCUCCUCUGCAGGGCCAGCCGUGACUUCUAGAAACGGACAACGGCGGAAAGAUUCAGACUGCAACAGCCCCAAGUGCUUCUCGAGGAGGAGGAGAAGUAAGUAAACGACGGACCGCAUUAGCAGAAACACAAGCACAAGUACUAGUAAACACCGAACCCCUCCGCCUCCUCCACUUGUCAAGAAUCUCAAUAUACCGAGAAGCAAAAAGACCUUGACCAGAACCUCAGAAGGCCGACCUUGAAACCUCUCAGAAGAGGGAACAUCACAAGAUGACGGAAGUUUUGUGGGAUUGGUGCCGGGAUUAUGCCGGUGUUAAUGUGGAGAGUGAGCGGGAGUUCGCCAACGGCUACAAAAUCGCCGAACUCUUGGCUACCCACAAUCAACAGCUAGAGUUUCCAGCCAAAUUUCGGGAUACGGAUUUGAUCGAUGACCAAAUCAAUAACUUUGCGGAGUUACAACCUAGCUUGAAAAACUUAGGGAUAAAGUUUUUGCCCAGUGAUGCGGAAGCGAUCAUGGGGAAUAAGUACUGGAUUUUGUCUGGAAAUUUGUACAACAUCAUAAGGACAAGAAAUAGUAUAAGCGAUCAUAAUCUUUCGGUUUUCAUCCGACGACCUUGAAAUUAUCAUCCUUCACUCAUGUUUCAUCUAUCCAUUACGAUUACUCUCUCCUGCACCUUCGUUGCUGUUCAACCCAACAAUAGGCGGGGAGCAGCUUUGCGGCUGCUAUACCAGAUCAAGAUGGUGAUUGAUCGGAUAGCAAUGACCCAGAGACCUAGUUUGCCGGCUUCGCAGCAUAGUGACAACCUCAUUAUCCGAGAUCCAAAGCUUUUGGCACGUAGUUUUCGUCUUCCGAAACCAUCCGCUGAUGCUGAGGAAAGCAGGUACUUUGUCGAGAAAAUUUGAAUUGUAGUCUGAAAGGUAGUCUUACAUGGACCAGAAACCGUCAUGAACCUAGUAGACAGGAUUAUAUUAUCUUCGUACAUCUUAGUACUUGUACAACUUGUUCUUGUUCAUGUACCUUAAUAUUCCAGAAUUUGAGCUUUUUCCAUUCCCACACACCAUCCACCGGUACUAGAUUCUUCGUCAACCGCCUACGCGCACAGUGCGCUCACGCGACUUUGCAGAGAAGGGAAGCGAGGUAUAACAAAUUUGAGAGGGAGAAGCUGUCACAGCAAAUGCUGGCGCAGGAGAUGGAUAAGGUUGACGCAGAGAAGGCUCUAGAAGAUCGCGAGACACAUAGAAAAGUCUGCCUCGACAUGAUGAAGCGGAAUAAGACUUUCUUAGACCAGUGGAACGAACAGGGGGUGAUGGUAUUAGAACACUAUCUAAGACGGACGAUAUAGUAUUUCUAUUUGAUGUUAGAAGACGAGGACAGACGUUUCAUUCAUAAAAUUCUCAAAAUUAGUAUUGGGCCCUUCUCCUGAAGUGAAGUCCGGUAUCAAAUAGUCCCGUCGACAGUUUCGGAAUACUGAUCUGGGCAAUUCACCAUGACCAAGGGGGGCUUUCUUGCGUUCUUAGGCUGACUACUCUGUAUGUGAUGUAAGUGGGGGUAACGAUAACUCUGGUUGUAGCACCUCCGCAACGACUAAAUAUUUUACUCUUGAAUCUUUUCUUUAAAAAUGCAUUCUCCAUAGGACUGGAAGACGAAUCUUGCGAGACAACGACAAAGAGAAAACCUAGAAAAGAGUUACCGAACGCGACUCGUUCAACGACAGAGGAAGAACGUACGUGGCUUGAAGGACGCGAAGACACUCGAGGUGACGCAAGUUAUGCUGGUUGUGCGAUAUCUCAAUCAGAAAAAAACAAGCCUCGUGGCUUCACUAAUUUAAAUAAAACAAUGUUCAAUAGAAUCUAAACCGAUCAAGUGCCACUUCUGCUCUUCUUCCUCCUCUCUUCUAACCAACGAAUCGACGAUUUCGAGCGAAAUCUUCGCAAGUAUACGUCAGGAGAGAAGGCAGAGGAUGUAGAUGCUGACUUAGCCGCAACAUUGCAGCAGUCGGCUAAUGCAGACCAGUAUUUCUCGGAGGAAGAGGACGACGACACGACAGCAGGUGGAGACGGUCUUGUAAGGCGAACUACACGUGCAGAAACUGUGAAAGACCUCUUUGCUGCGUUAAUUAUGAGUUGGUGAAGUUGUGAUGUACUAUUGGUGACUUGUUGUAGAUGUUACUAUGCAUCCAGGAAAGAAUGAGUAUCUUCGGAUGUCCGCAUCUUACCACGACUAAGACUAGAAGACACUUCAGUUUGAGGUUGCUUCUUGUUUCUCAAUAUUUCAUGCUUUCUCCACUUGCCUUCUCAUUCUCUAAUUUCCAUUCCAAAGUGCCUGGCCCCGAGAUUCUCCUCAAAGACGCAGAGGAGUUCCUUGGGAAGAUCAAAGACAGCAAAAUAGCGGGAAACUUGGCACGGAAGGAGAGGGAACAAAGGCGUAGGAGGUUUCUGGUAGAUCUGGCGCAAGAGCAUGAGGGGGUAGCGGAACAGUACCUGCGAGAACACCUGAUGCAGCAGCUAACGAAACCUUGUGUGGAGGAGGAAAGGAUUAACUAUUUUUAUGAUAGGGAGACAGCCAUUUUUGCUGGUUCGUUUUUUUCACGAGGGUCUGACGGUCUUUCUCUUCAAUCCAGAAGUUUCUCUUCUCUUUUUAGAAAUCCCGACUUCUUCUGCUGUACUCUCUUACUGAUUUUCCUUCUUCUAAUCUCUAGUCUGGAAGACCUCCCAGUACGAGAGCGUCAUGCGCGAGUCCCGCAGGCAACGCAUGAAGGACUACGACGCUCAGAGAAAGCUAGACACUCAGGUCGAGAAGAGGAGAGACCUCGAGUUGCGCGACUUGCAGAUCGACGAGUUGUUUGGCACAACCCAAGUGAGCGACGCCAAGGCCUAUCGCGCACUAGAGCGCGGUCGUGUAGCGAGGCGGCGGGCCUACCAUGUUUCUCUUGUCGAAAACAUUGUCACAGAUGCCAUGGUAGAGCUCAUGAACUUGGCAGAUGCGCAACAGGAAUUGACGGACAAGGGCAGAGUAGAUGGGCGAGUGUGGAAGAGUUGGAUGGACUCAUUUAUUGCCGGGGAACCACUGGAGGAAUUGUAUGCAGGUAAUAUAGAUUUUUCUCGCCUCCUUUACACUUUUUGAGUUAUCUUCUUUACACUUUUUGUGUAGGAUGAAGGGCUAAAUGUGCGUUUACACUUUUUGAGUGUGUUGUGAAGAAUGCUGUAUUUAUCCCUAAAACUACAGGCGACGCAUCCAUUUCGGAUAAGAGGCCCUACCAGAUCGGCCCUUACGACGACAGCCAUAAGCUCGACUUUGAAAGUGCCGAUUUGCUUGAAGGUGCUUUCAAGUCCUAUCUUUUGUGCACUGACCAAUGGCAGGUCUCAAAGGACACACUGGCUCUGGUUGACGCUCCAGCUGGCGAGGAAGAGGGGCCAUCAGAGGAAGCAUGGAAAGCAGUCAUGUCCGCUGAAGAAUUGGUAUGGCUCGAGAUGGAAUAGUACUAAACUACAGCUUAUAGAUGAUCUUAUUUCUUUAGACUUCCAAAUCGGGAGAUCCCUCUCCUCGCGAUCCCUCUCGCUCUUCUAACCUACGAAGCCCUCCCCGAAGAAUACAAGAGCAAGUUGAGCGCAGCACCAGAAGUGACACGUGGCCAACACACGAAUUUUAGGAUGGCAGCUGUGGUAAAUGGCAUAGUGUCCCAACUCUACCCAGAACCACAACAAAUAGUCCCACCCGCCGACCCUCUGCCGAGUGUGCCUCUACGUUUGGUCUUGGCCGGCAAACCGAUGUGCGGGAAGAAGACAUUAGCAAGGAAAUUGGCGGAUGAGUUUGGAUUGGUACAGUUUUUCAAUCUCGUUUUUUGACCACGCGUGUUGGGAAAACGCUUUUGGUUUUCUCAUUCAUUGUUCAUCCUUUCUAGUCGAGAGACCAAUAUCAUUUCAUGUUCUUUGUUAGACCUUGCUCUUCGACGAGCACCAAACCACCACAUAAAAACAGGAAGUGCUCGAUCCAACUUCGGUGUUGAAGCAGGCCAUGAAUUUGGCAGGCAGACCGCAAGAGGGGACUUUAGAUGCUCUGCAUGCAAACGCACAUGUGCCACCUGAUAUCAGUGGAGAUCCGUAUCUUCUGGCACUGAAAGACUGCGGUGCUAGGGCAGUUGCAAUUGUGGAUGAAGGUAGUUUUUUUGGGGAUAACUUUUGAUCAUUUAACAUUCUGGAGUGAGUGCUUUCAUUAAGACGUCUGUGAGUGUUGCUUUGUAGUAGAAAGGAACACCAAGUAGCAGGAAUACCAAGCUUUAAUAUCCCAAUCUUUUGUACUGACACAACCCCAUCCAUCCAUCCAUCCAUCCAUCCACUGACACUACCAAGCUUUAUCCCAUCCAUCCUUCCAUAACCUCCAGGUGAAGUCGUCCCACCAGAGCUUUACGUGGAGAUGAUUAUUUGCAAGCUCAAAUCCCUUGAGAAAUCGAUGACGACAGGCUGGUGUCUCUGCGAAUUCCCUAUCACCUUACACGAGAUGCGAUUAUUUGAAAAAGCUCUGUGUGGGUAUUCAUUGAGGAUGUUUUCUAGUCGUCAGCCUUGUACUUGUCUGUAUGCUUUUCUUGGUGUUCCUCCAGCACUUGGUCACGUCUACCAAAUUUGUGUUGAUGCUCAUUUCUCUGCCUUUUUCUAUUGCCCAACACGAUAAAAGAUGCAAUCUUUCUCCUUCUCAGAUACAUCGAGCCCUCACAGCGUGAGAUUCCUGACGCGGUGCAGAGGAAGAAGGUAGUAGAGUACCUAAUCCCAGAAGCUGAGCGGCCUCCGGAACCCUAUGUGCCGGAAGUCGGUGGAUAUGAUCUCUACGUCUUGCUCGAGGCAUCCUGUGAAGCCGUAGUGUUGCGAUCGGCUGGUCGCAGAGUGGACUUGACCACGACGACUGUUUACAACGUAUUGGAGGAACAUCAAUUUUUUUUUUGCGUGGAUUUGACCAAGGAACCGAUAUAUUUUUAGAUGUCAAUUUGGUGUCGAAAACCACUACUCUUCAUUACACUUUUUGGUACAAAAUCCAUCAGGAUCCCUCUUGUAGGAGAUGUUAUUUCUCCCCUCCAAUAGGAAGUAGUCGCAAAUUCAAACUCAGAUCGCCGAAGACCAGCAGAAGAAACCUCAGGACGUAAAAUACGAGAAUCUUAGGGCGCUGGAUAUGCGGGAGAAGGCACAAGGCACAUUCUGCGAGAGAAUGCACUUCUUCGAUGUGCAUCAGGUACUUUCACGACGAAUCGACGUAGAUGAAGAUGUCGUUUAAAUACAUCGUUGUCAAGUAAAUUACAAUGAAUUCUGCUCCACCUCGGGCAACCUCCAGAAAAUUAUGCUCCUCCAGAUCCAAACCUUGAAAUUUCUGGAGCUUUUCGCGCCUAUGCCGGAUGUUCCUCGUGUGCUCUUGGUGUCGGAGGAUGCUCCAGAACAUGUGUUUGAGGUAGUAAGGUCAAAAGUCCAGGAACUAUUAAAGUUCAGACGGAAGGCGGACGAGGCAGUGCGCGAAGCAACGCCGCCAACUCAGACGGCGGAAGUGGCAGAGCCAGUGUUAUGGAUUGUACUUCUCAGGAAACAGAAAGCAUUAGAGUGAGUCAAGUUGCAACUUGGGAGGUGCUUACACCAAUAGUUUCGUCUGCACCGACUAGCUCUGUAGACCUAGAUCGUAGCUUCUAAUCACAGCACCAGUCGCUGCCGCGGAUGAGGCCAAUGCCGACGGUACCGACGAAGCUGCCCCUGCAGAAGCUGUUGCAGCACCCUUUGAGCCGUAUACUCUUGACAUGCUCAAAGACCUCUGCGCCAAGCUUGAAUCCAGAUACCUGGAAUUACUCCACUCCCAGUGGCUCGAGAUCCAGGACUCCUACGUGGAGACCAGCAAGCUCACUCUGCAGCGUUACGAGCAGCACUUACGGGAGACCUCAGCAGGACUCAGCUACUUGCGGGAGAAGUUUAUAACCUUCUUGGAAAGAAAAAAGCCCGAGAAACAGACGUUGUUGAACGAGUACGUGCUGGAUUUCAACACCUGGAACACGGAAUAUCCGCACAUGAUUUUGGAUCCAGAGCCAAAGGCGGAAUUCCAUUUGAGGUACUAAUGUAAGGUUCCACGUCUAUCAUCUGGUGUGAGUCAUUCUGUCUAACAAUUACUACUCCCUCCUCACUGGAGUUUGUUAUUACAAACAAGCACACUGUAGUCUAAUUUAUGGAGAAUGUUGUCCAUCAAGGUGAUGCAACAUUCACAUGGGAAUGAGCUUUUAUUUAAUUUUUUAUUGAUCAUUCCUUUCGCCGUAUUGUAUCUUCAUUAUCCUCUUAUGCGUCGUCUCAGGUUACAGGCAAUGCGACAGCAGUUUGCUGACUUCAGGGAUGCCAAGAGGGAAGAGACGGAGACCUUCAUUGGUGACAUUCGGGCAAGUCUGUUCAUUGAAGGCCUCAUCAACGUGGUUUGCGUGCUGGCGCAGCAAUUCGUAUUUUCUCAUGCUGUUUGCAUUUGGUCAGUGACUACUUGCGGAGUUGUAAUGAAAUCCUACCUGUAGUUCUUGAGGUUUCUCUUUCUGCCUAUCGUCAUUAUCCAAUAACUAAUCGACCUUUAUUCCAACCACUAGGUGUCCGUCGAGACGGAGCGGUAUCAUCGAACAAGCCAAUUGCUUACCGACUUCUAUGCCCUAGCAGCAGGGAAGAACAUCCCAGAGAGUCGUCCUAUGCCGGAGAAGAUUCAAAUUAUCACGCCAGAAACUGCCGCAGAGUUUUCAGCUCGUGUCAUGGUGGACACACCGGCAUCCGGGGCUGAGGGGUCAGCCGCCGAGGCAGAGCCAACGAAGGUGGAGACUUUUCCGUUCGUGGAACAGCUUAGGACGUACGCCGACAGCGUAGCGUGGCCAAUAGUAGAGACGCCUGAAGGGGAGGAAGGAGCCUCACUGAAUCCAGGAGCAGUCGACCUGGCGCAAGCACUUCUGUCAGAAAGAGUGCUGUUUUUGUUAUGGAUUGAAGAGAUGAAGAAGUAGUAAGUAGUGGAUAUAGUACCUGAAUCGAAGAAUGGGUAGUAGAAUAGCGUCCAACUGACUCUGUAGCCGUUUGUCGUACUUCUGUCCUCUAAUCUCUUCCCGCGUAACCCAAGUGCAACAGUGGAGCUCAAGAAGGUGUAAAGAGAUAUCAGCGUUGGAGGCUGAGUUGCAUCAAGGUUUUCGAGAUCAGCUGACUGCUCGUGAGUUCAAGGAAGGCGAAGUCGAGGUGGUGCUGCUGCAGAAACUGCAUAAAGCAGUUGAAGCACACAAACCGAUCGAGUACAGGCUUAUAGCUGACACGACACAGAUCACGGAAGUGCAGAAUGAACGGGUACUGCCAGAACCAGAAAAGGUCGUGGUGCCGAAGAAAGUCUCAGGGGUAAGAGCAGAGUGGGACGCAGAGCAGCUGGCGGAGGAAGUUGAUGCGUUCUUCCCGAAAUUCUAAAAACACUCAUACUACCCCCUUAAAUUCUGAUGCUGGAUUCUUUAUAACGGCGUAGUUGUAAAGUGCUAGUGAUGUUGUUUUUCUUCUCUCUGGAAUCUAUCAAUGGAUCUGAUUCAAUGUAUCUGUCAGGUAGUGUGUUAGGAGGUAUUUUUGCGUUGGGAAGGACAAUUAAAGUCAUCGUGUUUGGUCGCUUCUCCACAAAAUUAUAUCCUCUAACCUGACCUCCAGGAGCAUGCAGAUUGAUAUUCCAGUAGCUAUAGUUUUUUACCAAAAAACCUCUAACCAAAUCCUCUUUUUCUUAUCAAUAGUCGUUCCUGCUGGUUUGCUUAUUCGCUGAUAACAAAAUUGUCUCGAUUUUUGCUCUUUCAUUCGUUAUAGUUUGUAGAAUAGUUAGACAUGAAGAAGCCCCCAGAGGCACCCUAAUAUGGGGUGUUUGUAGCUUGGCUUCAUGCUUUUUUUGUUGAGCUAUAUCCCCUGAUCGAAUAGCCCUUCGACAGGAUCAUAUAAGGCCAACAAAUCUAAUGAUGGUUUUUACAGUAUCUAUUCAAUCUAGAAGUCCCAUCAAAGUUUUCUAGUGUUAGACAUGCAGUCACAUGCAAGUGUUAGAUACCUAUGAAUACCUACCGUGAAGAUGUUGGUUUUCUUACAAUGUUGAUGUUCGUUUUUGCUUUGAAGAUUUCUGUGAAAACAUUGCAUAGUCUGUAUGGAUGGUGAAAAAAUGCCAGAUGAGAAAUGUUGUAAAGAUUAGACGUCUCGGAUUCUUUUCUUGGUACUAGCUACCUGUCCUCAGACUGGGUGGGUCUUCCUCAGUUGGAGGUGACUCACGACACAGUCUUGUGGCGUUCGAAGAUUCGAUCAUCGUGCUGUGUCAAUUCGAAGAAAUAUCGGGAUUUUUUUUUAGAAUGAGUGUGUCUUUUUUUUCGGUUGAGG